CGGAGUUUAGCCAUUCAUUUGAUAAUCAUGGCCACUUUUACACUGGGCAGCACCAUAGGCUUCUCUCAGCCCUCGUCUUCCUCAGAUAUCUCAGUUUAUUGCAUUCCCUUUUCAACCACCAGAUUAAGCUUUUCGAGCGCCAUUCUUUCUCCUCUUAAGCUUAAAAAAAAACCGUCUGGAAGAAGAGCCAGAGCUGUAAUUGCUCUGAAAAUGGCUGCUGAGGCUUUUCAGGAAGUUCUUCCUCCGCCCCUCACUUCAGCUUCAGAACCACCUGCUAUCUUUGAUGGAACAACGAGGCUUUACAUAUCUUAUACAUGCCCUUAUGCACAGCGUGUGUGGAUUACUCGGAACUGUAAGGGUUUGCAGAAUAAGAUUCAAUUGGUUCCAAUAAAUCUACAGGAUAGGCCAUCUUGGUACAUGGAAAAAGUUUACCCACCUAACAAGGUGCCAGCUCUUGAACAUAAUAAUGAAGUCAAAGGAGAGAGUCUUGACUUAAUUAAAUAUAUUGACAGCAAUUUUGAAGGGUCUUCAUUACUUCCUAAUGAUCCGGGAAAGAGAGAGUUUGCUGAAGAGUUGAUAGACUACGUGAACUCUUUCACGAGAUCUGUGGUUUCUUCGUUUAAAGAAGAUGGAAAUGAAGCUGAUGUGGCGUUUGAUUUCAUGGAAUCUGCUCUUUCAAAAUAUGAAGAUGGCCCGUUUUUUCUAGGUCAGUUUAGUCUGGUGGAUAUAGCUUAUGCUCCGUUUAUUGAAAGGUUUCAACCGUUCUUAUUGGAAGUAAAAACAUAUGACAUCACUGCUGGCAGGCCAAAACUGGCAGCUUGGAUUGAGGAGAUGAACAAGAUUGAGGGAUACCGACAAACAAGGGGCAAUCCACAGGAACAUGUUGAUAGCUAUAAGAAGCGAUUCUUGAGCCGUUUGUGAAAGCCACAGAGGCCACAGCAGCAGAGGGCCCCAUGGCAUUGGUUAACUGAACACUGUGCUGUCAUGUAUGGAUGUUGUUUCUUGUUCUUGUAAAUGAGAUAACUUCACGUGUGACAUUUAACAAAUAAAGGAGCAUUUGAGAUCAUGGUACUUUUUGUUCAUUUUGUUCAUAUAGAUUAUUGACCGUACCAGACUGAAUUGAUCUAAGACCACAUUUAUUCGAGAAAAAAUAUAAUAAAUUAAUUGUAAUUUAAAAAUUGGACUCCA